AUGAAGCUUGCGGUAUUUCUAUUUCUCCAAAUCAGUGCUGUUGUCUCCGGCUAUUUGGCUACCACGACACGCUAUUAUGAUGGCCAAGAAGGUGCCUGUGGCUGCGGUAGCUCGUCUGGGGCUUUUUCCUGGCAACUUGGUAUCAGUAGCGGGGUUUACACUGCCGCAGGGUCACAGGCCUUAUUUGACACGGCCGGUGCAUCAUGGUGUGGUGGCGGCUGCGGAAAAUGCUACAAUCUGACCUCAACUGGCAGUCCCCCAUGCAGCAGCUGUGGAACUGGCGGGGUUGAGGGUGAGAGCAUUAUUGUUAUGGUCACCAACCUGUGCCCCUAUAAUGGCAAUGCGCAAUGGUGCCCUCAGGUGGGAAGCACGAACCAAUACGGAUAUAGCUAUCAUUUUGAUAUCAUGGCUCAGAGUGAGAUAUUUGGCGACAACCCCGUAGUUGAAUUUGAGCCAGUGGCCUGUCCCAACGAGGCCACGUCGGACUGGGACACAUGUGUCUGCUAUGGGGAAACGGCGACCGAUGUGACUCCCGAAGGCCUCACCUCGAGCAGUGGAACAGCCAAUACAGUUUCAGCCUCAUCUACCACUACACAUAUGACUACAAGUAAGACCACUACGACAACUACCACUGUCACGACGAAUACAUCCUCUGGUUCAAGUGCAACACAGACUCUCUGGGGCCAAUGUGGAGGCGUUGGAUGGACCGGACCAACCACCUGUGUUUCUGGUGCCUCCUGCCAAGAGCAAAAUUCUUACUACUCCCAGUGCUUGGGUUAA